UUUGGCGCCAAACUCCGGUGGAGUGGCGGGAUCCGCGAACACCUCAGGCCUGUGCUCAGAGCGACCUCGGUCCCAGGCCCAGGAGCAUCUGAACGCACGGUUCCGGCUCAUAGCGACCUGCAGACCCCUGUCCUCCCGGGAGUUAGUGACUCUCCUGAGGGGAAGGAGGGUGGGUUUCACCUUCGCCAUGGCGCAGGCCCGACUGACCGACUUCUUCCCUCAGGCCAAAAAGCCCAAGCCGGCCCUGAAAGGUUCCCGGUCUCCCGGUGGCCGCCGCUUGCAGCCGCGAAAGGGAAGGCCGGCGGCUGCUGCUCCGUGCCCGGCCCCGCCUCCUGCUGUGCCCGCAGUCCCCGAGCCACCGGACUCCUGUGAAUGGCCGAGCCCGGGCCAGCUGCGAGGCUGCAGCGGCCUGACCCUCCACCCAGAGGCCGAGGUCAGCGAGAGAGAGCCCGCACUCAGCGACCUGGUCACGCCGUCGAAAAGCGAGCCGCUUGGGGCCGGCUCCCGCUCCAGUACCGGCAGGAAACGCAGCCGCUCCGCCUCCGUCGAUGGCGCGCCGGCCUCGGCGGUGGGAUCGCAGCGGGCGGCCGGGGUGCCGUCUGCCCGGAGAUGCCUCCGGUUAGAGCCCAAGGAAGAGGAGGAGAACCCCGUCCCAAAACGGAGCGAAGCCGAGCAAGAUGCCCAGUGGCCUCCCAAAGGAGCACCCGAGCCCACGGAUUUAUCGAUCUAUGAGCCAAAAACUUUAAGGAAAGCGAUUUCCAAGCAUCCGGGUCUGCAAAGUUCAGAUGGAAGGAACAAGCAGACUGGCACAACACCUGCAAAGGAAGGUCUCUCAGGGUUAAAAGCUCGGUUGCACCGAAUCCAGAAACUUGCACCAGUACCAGGUUCAUUUGUUUCUGCAUCAGAAGUGGAUAGUGAUAUUAAGAGCCGCCUUAAACGGGUUCGAGAACUAGAACUGAAAGUACAAGAAAAUAAGGAAGUACAGAAAAAAACAGCUGAACAGGUGGUGACAUCAGGUGCGGAGGAGAGGGUAAAGACGCCAGCAUAUCAGCGUUUCCACAACUUGGCACAGGAUGUUCCACCAGGGUUGACCCUGCCUUUCAAGUACAAGCUGUUAGCAGAGAUGUUCCGUAGUAUGGACACUGUUGUGAGCAUGUUGUUCAAUCGUUCUGAGACCAUUACCUUUGCCAAGGUAAAACAAGGUGUCCAGGACAUGAUGAGGAAGAAAUUUGAAGAACGAAAUGUUGGGCAGAUAAAGACAGUAUACCCUUCUGCAUACAAGUUCAGACAGGAAAAGGGAAUCCCAACAUGGAGUGACUCUCUGAAAAGGUCAAGCUACCAACUCACCAUUGAUCCUGAGUUUGAAGGAGAGGAGAAUUCUGAUGGUCAUAGACAACUAACAGCAUCUCGCUUACUCUCACGACGUCAUAUCUUCAGCCGAAAUCUUGUGAGCAUUGUGAAACGAUACCAUAAGAUUUUCCUGGCCUCUCUUAACCCUCCAAUGCAUGUACCAGAUGACAAGAUUGCACGCUGGCACCCACGUUUUAAUAUCGAUGAAAUUCCAGAUAUUGCUGCUGCUGAACUGCCCAAGCCCCCCGAUUUAGAGAAGUUAACAACUGCUCAAGAGGUCCUUGAUAAAGCUCGCAGUAUGAUGACACCAAAGAUGGAGAAAGCCCUUGCUAAUAUGGCCCUCAAAACUGCAGAAGCUGCUAUGGCUGCUCAUACUGAGCAGAAGGUGGAGCCAAAACCUCUGAGCCCCAGUCCUUCUCCUGCUUCUAAUGCAUUGAAAGGGAUUUCCCAGAGUCUGAUAGAGAGGAUUCGUGCUAAAGAAGCUGAAAAAAUGCAGGCGACAAUGACCAGAACUGCUGCACAAACAGAGCGCCUCAAUAUGAUGAUGCGUCUGCCUGACAUAACAAGAAUUCUACGCAACGUCUUUGUGGCAGAGAGGAAACCAGCCUUGGUUAUGUCAGUGGCUUGCAAUAGAGUGGCUGACAGCUAUCGCUCAAUGAUGUCCAUAGGUGAUAUGGAGAAACAUUUGCAAUUACUAGCUAAUGUUGUUCCAGAUUGGCUGAGCAUCCACAAGAUCCGGAAAGAUGUGUACCUGAAGCUAAACAAGAACAUGGAGUUAAAUGUGGUUGCAAAGAAAAUUGCAGAAAAGAUUAAAGAGGAAGAAAAGGCAUAAGUUUUUAAAUAGACCUGAA